GUAAAAUUUUAGCAGUCAGGCAAUGGCGGGGCAGCGCAAUGUGACGUCACGUCUCCGGGGUCCUGAGAGCCAGGCGGGAAUGCAGCAGUCGGAUUGAAUGGGUUUUGUUUACGAUGCGAUAGUACGUUCAGUGGACUGUUUGCCCGAGUGUACUGAGACUCUAUGAUCCUGGAUGAAAAGGGGGGGAAGGUUUAUUUAGUAGAGUUGUUUGUGGUCCUCAGGAGCCAUGAAGCUGCAGUGUGAGGUGGAGGUGAUUAACAGGAUGCUGCCCACUUUCGGUGUGAGGAACCGGGGCAAAGGCACCAGGGCUGUCCUGUCCAUUGGAAGACAUGAGGACAAAGGCUCAGGGCAGAGAGCUUCCAUCUACCUGAUGAUCUGCACCCUGAAAGACAAGGCUGGCUCCAGAUACAAGUUGCAAGACAACAUAGAGCAAGUGUUUUCUAAGUUUGUACAAGAAGGAAAAGCUACAAUUCGAUUGAAAGAGCCGACGGUGGAUAUAUGUCUCAGUAAGGCAGAUGGAUGUGUUCUAAAGAAUUUUAUUUCUACAGUGGGACUGGCACAUAAAGGUACAGAUGUCACUGGUGUUUCACUCUCACGUUUGAUACCAGCGAAGACUUCUGAAAUCGAAAAGCCAAGAGCCAAGAUGUUUAUUACAUGCAAGAAAGAUUACCCCAUCACGACGUGCUUUCCUUAUUCCCUGGAACAUCUUCAAGUGUCAUACUGCAAACUUGCUCGGGUAGACAUGCGGAUGCUAUGCUUGAAGAAACUUCAAAAACUAGAUCUUAGCAACAACCAUAUCAGGAAGUUGCCCAAGACGAUAGGAGAUCUUGUGUGUCUCCAGGAGUUGAACCUACAGCAUAACUUCUUGGAGUCUUUUGAUGUGUCCCUGUGCAUCUCCGCUUGGGGAAACACUCUUACGUCAUUAGACUUGAGUGAGAACAAACUCAAGGCCCUUCCUGUCCAGUUUGGGCAGCUCAAGGAACUUAUUAACCUGAAACUUGAUGAGAAUGAACUUGUUCAACUGCCAUUCACAAUUGGGAAACUGAGCAAGCUGCGUUUUUUGUCUGCCACCAAAAACAAACUGCCUUAUCUCCCUAGUAGCUUUAAAAUGUUAAACCUUGAGAAGCUAGAUCUGUUUGAUAAUCCAUUUGAGAAAGCAGAACCCAUGGUUCCAGAUAUUCAUCUAAAGAUGCCACUGUCCUUACUGGAAUGUGCUUCAAGAGUAACUAUCAAUUACAGAAUUCCGCACAGUCCUCAUAUCCUUCCAGUUACACUCUGCCAAGAACUCUCCAUGGCAAAAACCUGUAACUGUGGCCGACCCUGCCUGAAUUCUUUCAUUAAAGUGAUUGUUCUAAUGAACCUUCAUCAGGUGUCGCAGACGGUGGUUCUUGUGGACACUAUGGGAGGUACAGACGCUCCAAUCGUCUGCUACUUCUGUUCUCUCACCUGUUACUCGCAAUUUCUUGACAAAUAUCUGCAAAGUUCUAGGAUUUGAGAUAAACCCAGAACAUUUUGGUUAUACAAAUUAUCAGUUUCUGCUUUGCUUCCGUCUAGUAGAGGACAUACAAGAUUUACAGCGUAAUUCACUAAAUGAAAAUCCAAGGUGUAUGCAAAGUGACCUUUAAAUUUAAGGUCAAAAUAGCUGAACUAGAAAAAGUCAGCAAUGCUUUCAGUUCAGCUACUCUGGCCUUAAAUUUGAAAUUCACUUUGAAUUCUCACUGUACUAAAUAACUCUGUUAAUGUCUGUGUAGGAUUGUGAAACCAUGGGGCACUUUGCCUGUGUUUCAUUUGUCUGGAUAAACAGGUGCAUUAUAAGGGAUUUGCAGAUGCUGAGAUUGACGCUUUAUUUGAUAGUGAAUUCUACAUAUUCUUAGAUACUGUUAUCAUUUUGUUAGAGGGAAAACACACACUUACGAGAUAAUUUACUAAAGUGAGAAUUGUCAGGAAAUCGUAGUGAAUUUCAAAUUUAGAGAAGCUGAAAAGGAAGGAUAGCUGACAGCAGCAAUGUUUCUAGUAUGGCCUUCUGGACUCAAAUUUAAACUUCAACUAAAUAACCGUGUUACACAUCUAUGCGCUAAACAGUGAACUGUAUUGUGUUGACCACAAAUCUGUAAACCUUAAAGCCAAAUAGGUUAGGAAAACUAAUAUUUAAACUGUCACUUUUCUAGACGUGAUUUACUCUUAUUCACUUGCCACAGUAAAAUGCUACUGAAAUGUUUACCAGAGUGAGCAGGGCAGCACAGUUUAUUAAAAAACAAAAAAUAAAUAAAACUCUCCUGGUGCUUUGUGCCCAUGGGUAUCUGGAAAUAAAAUAUCCUGUGAGUGCCAGACACUCCUGGUUAAUUUGCAUGGUAUGCUCUGACUGUGCCAGGACAGCUGACAAUUCUCAGUCAAUGUAUACGGUCUAAACCUGGUAAUCCUGGUAAACCUUGAAUCAAAAAAACUCCGAACUGGAAUGUGCAUGCCUGACAUAGCAAGGUAAGUAUCAAUACAUUCAAAAUAAUUUGAAAGUUAACCGUUGAAUGGCUUCCAGUGGCCCCGGGCACCAUAUGCCACGAUGUUGUACUUAGUGGUUAUGGUGCUUGAAGUAUUCCUUUAACAAAAAUAGCAACAGGUUGCUAUUUUCAUAUGACAUUUCCACAGUUUUGGUUAAAUGUUUCAAGCUGAGUAACAGAAUUUUAAUAUUCUUGAUUACCAAAUUACAGUAAUGAUGUAGUAAAUAAUAUUUAUUAUUAGUAGCACUUUGCUGUUUAGGUGAAUUGUACUGUGUACAACAUUUUAAAUUAAAACCCUUUGCAGGAAUUGCUGUGGCAGCAACAAAGUCACAAAAGUCUGCAUAGAGCACAGCGUGGAAAGCUACUCAUGAUUAGAUCAUUAAAGCAGUUUUGUCACUUUAGUCUCCGACACUGCCCUAGCCUUUCUUGUGGUCCCCUUGCCUACCUAACCCAGCCAAUGCUCAGUGAAGAUCCCAGGGACUACUGCUACUUACCAUUUUAGCGUCCUGGCUGUCCCGCCAUGCACGGCGCCACCAUCUUGUUACAUAUACUAUUGUGGCACGCCUCUGCCCUCUCUAGGGCCUUUUUGUUACGCACAUGCAUGACCAGUUCGUCCAGACUGUGUGAGCCUCAUCGAUAGCAGGAGGUGACACGAUGCUGGAAGGAGGUACGAAUUGGCAACCGAUGAUGUUGACAAACAAAGUGGAUUUUGAUGAAAGCUCCACCUUUUGUCAGCCUGCCAUUUCUAAAUAAGGAAAAGUAGCCCUAUUCUAUUCUAUAAAACACAAUUUCAGCAGGGGUAGGGACUAGGCUACUCAGACGGCACAGUGGAGGGCUACAAAUGUAAAAAAAUAAAAUAAAAGUCAGAGCCACUUUAAAUAUAAUUCUUCUAAUAUUUGCUUGCUGUGAAAUAUUUUUCCCUCAGGCAGGAUAAACUAAAUUCAUUCCAGGUUUCCUUUAACCUGACUGCACAAAGGCAAUACUAUAAUAGUUAAUAUACUGGAACUGUAAGAGGUGCUAUCAUCCCUUUAAAUAAUAUACCAGGUGGCAGCAUAGGUGUGGAUUGUGUGGUUUUGUUUUUAUUUUUCUUUCCUUUCUUUCUCCCUCUAUGAAUGAAAAAGGAUACAUUCUCAUAUCAGAAUUUCAGUGCUGAGGCUGUUGUAGGCUUUUACUGUUUAAUGCAAAUUACUUUGUACUGCACUAAAUGCUUUAAUUGUAUGCAUGUUU